UAAAUACCAACUGAAAUGUCCGUACUGACAUCAGGACUGGGUCCACACAGAAUUCAGUUUAAGAAUGCCACUGAAGUCACCAUGUUUACAUUGGUGGGCUUCACAGAUGAUUUUAAGCUGCAAGUCUAUCUCUUUUUAGUAUUUCUUGCAAUCUAUAUUUUCACUCUGGUAGGAAAUUUGGGACUGGUUUUAUUAGUCGUGGUAGAUUCCCGACUCCACAACCCCAUGUACUAUUUUUUGAGUGUAUCAUCUUUCUUAGAUGCCUGCUAUUCUUCAGUUAUUACCCCCAAAAUGUUGGUCAAUUUCUUAUCAGAGAAUAAAUCUAUUUCAUUCCUUGGAUGUGUAACACAAAUGAUGCUGUUUGUCACUUUUGGGACUACGGAAUGCUUUCUUUUGGCAGCAAUGGCAUAUGAUCGCUAUGUAGCAAUUUACAACCCACUACUGUAUUCAGUUAACAUGUCACCUAGAGUCUAUGUGCCACUCAUCACUGCCUCAUAUGCUGGGGGCAUAAUGCAUGCUACUUUACACACAGUAGCAACAUUUAGCCUCUCCUUCUGUGCAUCCAAUGAAAUUAGACAUGUGUUUUGUGAUAUCCCUCCACUCCUUGCUAUCUCCUGCUCUGACACUCACAUCAACCAACUUCUACUCUUCUACUUUGUGGGUUCUAUUGAGGUAUUCACUAUAUUGAUCGUCUUGAUUUCCUAUGGUUUCAUUUUUAUGGCCAUUCUCAAGGUGCGUUCUGCUGAAGGGAGACGAAAAGUGUUUUCCACCUGUGGCUCUCACCUAACUGGAGUGUCAAUUUAUCAUGGAACAAUCCUCUUCAUGUAUGUGAGACCAAGUUCUAGCUAUGCUUUGGACCAUGACAUGAUAGUGUCUAUAUUUUACACUAUUGUGAUUCCCAUGCUAAAUCCCAUUAUCUACAGUUUAAGAAACAAAGAUGUAAAAGAAGCAAUGAAGAAAUUGGUUGAGAGAAAUUGGUUUAUAAAUAAAGUACAUUUUUAG